GCUCGCUGCCACCUUUCUUAAGUGCAAGCAAGAGCCAAUGACUCCAAUGGGUUGAAGAUGACUGGGGCCCCCGCUAUGAUACGCGGUGGGCUUGCCUUGCCUCGUGGUGCAGUGUUGGCCACCUUGGCCAGCCUCAUCGAUGAGAUUGAUCUUUCUCUGCUUAGCGUGUCCUUCAUGGAGCUGCAGAAACUGGGCUUUGCACCUGACAAGUUGGGGAUGAUUCUCAUGGCACGUGGUCUCGCUAGUAGCCUGGCAGGAGUUUUUUGGGGCUCUCUCGCUGACAAGUCAGACAGGAAGAACUUGAUCGUGCUUUCCAUGGCGGUGGUUGGUAUUUGUACCUUGGCAACUCCAUCCAUGGCUACCAUGCGAGGCU